UACAAAGCAGAUAUCAUGGCAACGUCAAGCUCAGUAAGUAAUACUUGGGUUUUAGAUUAUUGCACGAUAGAAAAUAAUAAGGCAAAAUGCGAUAUUUGUUCCUGGAAUUAUAAUCUUAUUCAAGAACAGUUAGACCAAAUAUGCACUCACAUAAUAUUUAAACAUAAAGAGAUUUAUCAGAGUAUUAGCUCAUCAUCAGCAAUCAGCUUUAGUUCAACAGAAUCGACGGAAGUUUAUACAAUAAAAAAUUAUGACGUCUACUGCAAUUUUUGUAAUCAAAUUUUUUUUGGAGAAAACAAAACGUUCCGUUAUAUACAAAAUCAUAUAACGAAAACUCAUUCAGUUGAAAUAAAUAAAGCAAAAGAAAUCUACAAAUGGCUGCAACAACAUUUUGGCGAAAAUAAUAUGGAUGCAAAAUCGUGUCGUUGCUAUUAUUGCAAUGAUGACAUUCCAAAUAAACCAGCAUUUUUAAUGUUUCAUUUGAUACAAGUGCAUGCGGCUAAAAUACCUGAGGCGAUCAGACCAACAGAAUUAUGGGGGUAUACUGCAGAUUGCAAAGAAUGGAUGUGGAAAUUUGUCACAAAAUAUUUAUUAACAAAAAAUGAGGAACAUGCAAAUUGCAAUAUUUGUGAUAAACGUUUAUCUAUUACCGUAGAUUACACAACUAUAAAUCGCCACAUAUAUAAUAAACAUAAAACAGAUCAUGGAAAACGGAUUUCAUUACAAGUUUUACGAAAAAAGAACUUUUUUUCUAUAGAAAACGAUCAAGCAAAAUGCAAUAAAUGUUCACAUAUUUGUUCUAUUCGUUAUAUUGAUCAAAACAAGGAACUGGAAAAUCAUUUAUCAAAUGAACAUAAAUUUGAUUACGCUCAAAUGAAUAAUUUUCUCAAUUGGCUAAAAUUUUAUCGAAAUGUAAUUUAUUUUCAAACAUUAGAAUGCAAUGCUUGCAAGAACAUUUCUAAUGACAAUUAUUUUAGUUUAAUGAAACAUUUUAUUGAAGAACAUCCAAUCAAAUUUCUCUUACAUGUAAUAUCAAAAAAGUAA